UUUUUAGCAGAGUAUAUUGGUUCGUUUAGCCUUUUGGAAUACCACAUCAGUCAUAUAGUAAUAUGUAUAAAAAAAACUGGCGACAUAACAAAUUUAUACACUACGUCAUUUUGUUUUUACCAAAUGCAUAUGGUUCUCAAAAUUAACAAGCAUUUUGAUAGCUUUCAAAACUAUUUGAAAAGUAGUUAAAAGUAGUUAAUUUUUUUUCGUCCCUUAAUUUUACAGCUAAUAUAGCUUAUUUUUUAAAAAUUACCAAAGUAAAUUUCUUAUAUAACAGAAUUUUACUGGAGCAUUAGGCUCUUUGUGCCCACAAAACGCUCCAAUGAACACUCAAAAUUCCAUUGUCACAUGUCUUCUUUUGCUUCUUACCAAUGUUGCCUUCGCGAAAGAAGAUAUAGAUUUUAGAGAAGAGCUGAAUGAGCAUUGCGGCUGCAACCAAAGCGGAAGAGAAGAUUACGACGCCAAGUCUCCUCCUCGUUGUGUUGUCGUGGAUGAAGCAGACGGCAUCAGCCAGCAUACCAUAUCAGGUGCUGCCAACAUAAAGUGCGAAGAGAUCGUGAACGAGGCGCAGUGUCAGAGGGUGUUCCAACAACUGACCCCCCUACAUGACAAGGAGGAGUUAUUGCUGACUCCUUCCAAGUUCCUGCUCACGCACCAGGAGACAUUCAUUUGCUACAACAGCACGUACCUUCUGCAGUCCUCCAGGGACGAAACCAGAUUCUUGGCCCACAAUCUCGAGGCAUAUGUCUACCACAAGUACCUGGCUUGGGAGUAUUUGAUCGAACUCAAUUGCAGAUAUGAGAUUUCUAGAAGGAUCACUGGCGAACCAAAUCCAAUCCUACAUACUUACUGCUGCAACCAAAUACCGCCUGAAGCCCAUUGCAAAACAGAGGACUGCUUCAUCAGCGCCAUCGGAUACAUGCUGCCCCCCGAUACAUCAAAGUCACCCAGCCAAAUGGGCGCCACAAAUCUCAAAGAUUUCAGGACAAUAACAGAGGGCAGGAAAACCUUGAAACCUAUGAGUGCCCAUGAAGUGAGAGAGAAAUUGAACUGUCCUCACAAGAGUGAGUACAAUGUCACUGAAGAACCAAACAAUCGCCCCGGAAGAAAUAGGGCAAGGACAAAGUUAACACAACUUAUUGAGUGGACUCCGUGGAAUUAUAUUGGCAUAACUCUUGUGGCCGGUCUAAUUCUCAUUCUUACAAUUAUAUCAAUCUGGUGCUGCUGCUGCUACUGCUGCGAGAAACAAAAACUGGAGAAGGCAGCAGACAACGUUAGUGUUACUGACUCACAUGGCGCAGUAGUCGGACUCAACGCGCUUUUGAUGGUUCAGCUCGGUCCGCAUCCUCAUGCUCAUGCUGAUGAUGACACAAUAGGCCAAGAUCAGGUCGAAAACAUAAGAGGGCAGAGGGUGAACAGAUACAUAGAGCCGCCCCUGGUGAACUUUCAAAACGAAACUUUUCUGUAGAUUAAAAUCGGUCACGACUCUUGUGGCAAUAGUAACUACUAUUUUUGUAGUCUGAGAUUUUGCUACCAGCUUCGUGUUAAUAUUUUUAGUUACCUUUUUUUACAAAUAUAUUUGUUUUAGUAAGAAAACCUCUAAUAGAUCAGCAAUAAAUUGUUAGUGUAAUGUGUCGCUUGAAGUCAA